UUCAGAGGAUCCACAGCCCUCACAUUUUAAAGGGGACGAGAAGGAUCCGCAGUCCCCUUAUUUUAAAGAGGAAGAGGAGGGAGAUUGUGUUGUAGGGCAGGAGGAGGAUGAUGUCAGCAAGUUUCCACUGACUGUUGUCUCUGUGAAGACUGAAGAGCAUGAAGACAAAGCACCUGAGUCCUCACAGCUUCAUCACAGACCAAACGUCCAGCAGCCCCCCCACAUUAAAGAGGAAGAGGAGGAUCCACAGUCCACCCACACUACAGAGGAAGAGGAUGAUCCAUAGCACACUCACAUUAAAGAGGAAGAGGAUGAUCCACAGCCCACCUACAUUAAAGAGGAAGAGGAGGAUCCACAGCCCACCCAUAUUAAAGAGAAAGAGGAGGAUCCAAAUUCCACCCACAUGAAAGAGGAAGAGGAGGAUCCACACUUGAAAGAGGAAGAGGAGGGAGAGUGUGUUGUAGAGCAGGAGGAGGAUGAUGUCAGCAAGUUUCCACUGACUGUUGUCUCUGUGAAGACUGAAGAGCAUGAAGACAAAGCACCUGAGUCCUCACAGCUUCAUCACAGUCCAAGUAAGCACAUA